GCUAGAAUAACAGGGAAAGGACGACCUCCAUAAUGAUCCCCAUUCUCUGCCUCCGUUUAUAUAAUUUGCUGUUCUCAUUGGCGUGGUAGCAUACGGUCCCUCCUUCAUGUUUUGUCAGGAAAGUUCAUGUGUGUGUGAGUAUUGAUAACACGGGUGUGUGUGACAUGUGAAAGAAUCGAUAUGGAGUAAACCAGGGCCGGGAAUGGAGACACGGUGAAGAAAGCAGAUUGCCAUGGCAGACCCAGAAGUGUCAACACAGAGUGGGGGUUAUGACGUUGAGCUCUUUGUGGACCCUCCAGACUACGAUCUGAUCUGCACCAUCUGUCAAGGGGUGCUGAGAUGUCCAGUAAGAGCGGCCUGUCACCACAUUUUCUGCAAGAAAUGCAUCUUGCAGUGGCUAAAACGACAGGAGACAUGCCCGUGCUGCAGGAAGCCAGUUAACCCAAGCUUGAUCUUUGUCAUGUUCAAACUGAGUAAAGCUAUUGGACGCCUGAAGAUCAAGUGUAAGAAUGAAAUCCGAGGCUGCACAGAGACCUUCUCGCUCUCAGAGCAGUACUGUCACAGCAUGAGCUGCCUAUUCGAGCUCAUCCCCUGCCCAUACCAGGGCUGCCGGGCACAGCUCCUGCGCAGGGACCUGGACACCCAUUCACGCCAUUGCGAGCACUGGCGGCAGCCCUGCAACAUGGGAUGUGGAACCAUCCUCUCGCACCACACACAGGCACAGCACAACUGCUACAAGCAACUGAGGCAGGAGUAUGAAGCCAGACAGAGAAACCACAGAGCCAUCGCCACAGCCCUGCAGAGGAAGAUGAGGCGAAUGCAGAGCACCAUGGCCCACAUGAAGAGGCAGAUAGGGCUGAUCUGUGAGAGCCUGGAGGUGAUGGAUGAUCUACACGAGGUGGAGGAGGAGGAACUCGGGGAGAGCAGCGGUAGCUCCAGUGGGACUCCAAGUAGCAGCAGUAACUGACGAUAAAUGAUGGUUUGUUAACUGCUGUGUAUAAUUUCUGCAUGUGUUCAUUUUAUUGAAGGUGUGUGUUUUGAAAAUGUACUAUUUAAUAUGAGUGAAUUUGUAAUC